AUGACUCGUUCCCUGCAAAGUGCUGAUAAGCGACACCUUCUGUCUGCUGCUGUUGGGCUGUCGUCGGAUGCCGCAGCCAUUGCUCUGCACGUUAAUCAAGGUCCAGUUACUGCUGUCCAACUUCUCGAGACCGGUCGCGGUGUCAUAGCAAACACCCUUUUCGAGCGAUCCGAUGUUUCCGUUCUGGAGAGGAAUUAUCCCGAGAUGGCGCGCUCUUUUAUCGACUUGCGGGAUCAGUUAGACUCGCCAUCAUCACGGGAUUUUCUUGCCACGCCUAUGCACCCCGCUGUGCCCGCAGAGACAGAAGGCCGUCAGCGCCAAGGGGCUGAGAUCCAGCUUGCCAGCCUCCUUGAGACAAUUCGAUCACAGCCGGGUUUCAACCGAUUCCUCCUUUCCGUAUCAGAAGCCGACAUGAUAAAGGCUGCAUUGUACGGCCCGAUCGUUGUCUUGAACGUAAGCUCCUAUCGCUGCGAUGCGCUAAUCAUUCAUCAUUCCGGCAUUCGACUGCUGGAGCUACCGCAUCUCUCCCAAGAGGCCAUCGAUGACCACAUCGACCAUCUGCAGUCCCUCGAGACGCUUGAAUGGCUCUGGGAUUAUAUCGUCGGCCCUAUUCUCGAUGAUUUAGGCUUUAGUAGGCCUCCGUCAGACAGUCAGUGGCCGCAUGUGUGGUGGGUCCCAACCGGCAAACUGACCCGAUUUCCGCUCCAUGCGGCGGGAUACCAUCUCCGGCGUAGCGGUGAAACAGCGCUCGAUCGAGUUAUCUCAUCCUACGGCUCGUCCGUUAAGGCAAUCAUACGCAGUCGCCGACGGCGGCUUCAAACACUAGCGGCUGGGAAGCACCACAAUGUCGUCGCCGUUGCCAUACAACACACGCCAAAACAGGAACCGCUCAACUUUGCCGGCGACGAGAUCGAAGCCGUGCUUGCUAUUUGCAACUUAAUGGAAUUACAGCAUACUGAACCUCAACCGUAUAAAUACAACGUCUCAUCAGCCUUGGAGGACUGUUGGAUAUUUCACUUUGCGGGACAUGGUAGCACGCAUCCCACAGAACCGCUACAUAGCCAACUUCUCCUCGAAGAUUGGGAUCGAGAUCCAUUCACAGUAGAAAGCCUUCUAGAGACCAACCUUUCUUCAAAGUCGUCGUUCUUUGCCUACCUCUCUGCAUGCGGGACAGGACAAAUCCUGGAUGAGAUGUCCGUCGACGAAAGCAUCCAUCUGGCCAGCGCAUUUCAGCUUGCUGGGUUCCGCCACGUGAUAGGCACACUGUGGAGUGUCGAUGACAGACUGUCUGUGGAUAUGGCUCGAAUGACGUAUGAGUUUCUGCGCGAUGAGGGAAUCAGGGAUGAAUCCAUAAGCGGCGGCCUUCACCACACCACUCGGACGCUUCGAGACCAGUGGGUUGACAGCGAGACAAAGGCUAUGCACGGGAAGUUCGGCGGUUCGAGUUCACAAAGGGAUGGAAGGGUGGUGGUUCUACAUCGGGAGCCGCUGCACUGGGUUCCUUACGUUCACUACGGCGUCUGA